ACCAAAAAGGACACAAGACCACCUACUAUGGACAGACAGUUAUCCCUCCAGGCCCAUGACCUUCUAACCUCUAACAUAAGGAGAUGGAUGAAGCAAUUUUUCAUGUUUAUCUCUGAACAUGAGACGAUGUUUCACAGCUGGAUGUGUGUUCUGUGUUCUUCAUGAAGUCGCCCCUGACUGCUCUAAGGUUAAUGGCGCCCCCUGCAGGGCAUGCUGGGUAAUAAAGUAGACAGGAGGAAAUGCAGAGUUUCACACGUUUUCACCCUCAGAGCUGUUUACACACAGCAGAAGUAAAAUGACUGUUGACAGUGAGAUAAAAGUCAAAAGAAGUUCAUGAACAUUUUCCCAUCUUGACUUUCUGCUGUUUGUAAUUCAACAAGUUUUUGGAAACUUGAUCUAUUUUUUCUUUGUUGGUUUUUAAGGAUCAAACACAGAAAAACAUUUUGGUCGUCCAGUCUGCAGAUUCAUUGACACAGCUCUGGUGAGCUCUUUCCUGGCUGAUUGAGCUUCAGUCUGCAGCAGUGGUGGAAAGUAAAGCUCUACUUUACGUGACUUCAGAGAGCCGGAUCAGUAACUCACCUAAUGAACACUGAAUCUCCCUCACAUCAUCAUCAUCAUCAUCACCUUCAUCUUCAUCAUCGCUCCGCUCAGUGAGGAAGAGUCUGAACCGUGAACACGUCAGCAUGAGCCAUGCGAGCGCUCUGCGCUGCCGGCUGCUGCAGCUGCAGAGUCGCUUCAACUGGGAUCUGGACCCGCAGGACAUGGACCUGGAGAGCCUCAGCACGAGGCUGCAGGAACACAUCAAGCUCCGGCUGGGACGGCGGGGGGCGGUCGCUCUGUCCUGCAACUUCUUAGCUUAUGUCAGGUAUCUUCAGGGUCGACCAGAGGAGGCGGUGUCACUGCUCAACCAAUCAGAGGAGGAGACCAGAAAGUGUUUUGGUGAGGAGAGCGAGCGGCGGCUCAUCGUGACAUACGGAGAUCUGGCCUGGCUGAACUACCACACUGGAGACUACACACAGUCACACACACACUGCCAGAGAGUGGAAGAUAUACUGGUGAAGUAUCCUACCAGUUCCUCCUCAGUUCUCCACCCAGAGGUGUAUGGAGAGAAGGCCUGGACCUACCUCAAGUUUUCGUGGAGUUACUACACCAAAGCUAUUGAAUGCUUCCACAAAGCGUUGGAGCUGCAGCCUGAUGACAGCGAGUGGAACGCUGGUUUGGCUAUUGCCCUCUACCGGAGAGCACCGAGAGCUUUAGAAACAUCCGUGAACAUAGAGGAGUCACCGGCCAUCAAACAGCUUCGCCGAGCCCUGGAGGUCAACCCUGACGAUGGCAUUCUGCUGUCCAUGCUGGCUAUAAUGUUAGCUACCAACCAGAAACACCAAGAGGCUAAAGACCUGGUAGAGAGAGCGCUGAGGAUCGAUCCUGACAACCCUCAUGUCACACGCUAUGUGGCCAAAUACCUUCGCAAUGGGGGUGAUGUGGAUGACUCUAUUGAUCUGCUGAAGCAAACGCUGCAAAGGACCAGCCAGUCAGCUUUCAUGCACCAUCAGCUGGCUCUGUGCUACAUGAGGAAGAAGACUGCUGAACUGAUGAAGAAACCCUUCACCAACCAAGUAGAAGUAAAGCGCUGGAGGCGUCUGUGUAUUGAUCACCUGGACAAAGCUGUGAGGAUAAAGCCUUCCUUUGUCCUCGCAUUGACUGAUCUGGCACUGAUGUAUGGAGAAGAAAAGAAUAUCAGCAGGGCUAACGAGUUGUUCCAACAGAUCCUGCAGAUUUUACCAGAGUUGGACAAAAGUAUUCAGCAGUUUUUCCAUCUGCGCUACGCUGACUUUCACCACUAUCACACCCAACAGGAGGCAGAAGCAAUCACUCACUACACCAAGGGUCUGCUGAUACCACUGGACAAAUGGGAGCGGAAGCAGUGCGCUAAGAAGCUGAAGAAGAUCGCAGAGCGACGCCUCUCAAAAGACAAGAAUGACAGCCGGGCUCACGGUCUGUUGGGACUGGUGGCCAAAACUGAGGGCGACAAGAAGAAAGCAGUGGAAUUUUAUGAGAAAGCUCUGGACUGUGACUCAAACAACGACGAGUACCUGUCUGCUCUGCUUGACCUGCGUAUGGAGCUGCAGUGACCUGAGAUUCUUCCUCUUCUAUACACAAACAUAUAAGACCCCUCCUCUGACUUUACGGAGCUUUAUAGUGAGUUUCAGCUCAUUGUUUAUCUGUC